CCAGUGGUUAAAGAAAAGGGCUUGUAACCAGGAGGUCCCCGGUUCAAAUCCCACCUCAGCCACUGACUCAUUGUGUGACCCUGAACAAGUCACUUAACCUCCUUGUGCUCUGUCUUUCGGGUGAGACACUUAAUUUUUUUCUAAAUACCACCAAUGUUUGAGGUUCAGCAUCUUUUGUGAAACAGAAAACAACUGAUGUAACAGCCAAACUGGGACGGACUGGCAGAUAACAUGAACAGCACCGCAGGGAGCUGUGGCAGCCCCAGCUCUGGGGUCUCAGCAGAACCUGCCAGUGACCUCUUCAGAGACCUCUGGUCAAAGCUGAAAGACUGCCAUGAUAACGAAGUACAAGGGUUGCAAGGUAAAAUUGCCAAACUGAAGAAGGAGAGAUGUUUAGAUGCCGAAAGACUGGAGGAGUUUUUUACGAAAAACCAGAAGCUAAGAGAACACCAGAAAUCACUUCAAGACAAUGUUAAAGUUUUAGAGGACAGGUUAAGGGCAGGGUUAUGUGACCGAUGUGUUGUAACAGAAGACCAUAUGAGGAAGAAGCAGGUGGAAUAUGAAAACAUUCGACAGCAGAACCUAAAGCUCAUCACUGAACUCAUGAACGAAAGAAAUAACAUGCAAGAUGAAAACAAAAAGCUUUGCCAGCAGCUGGAGCAUCUUAGUAAAAUGAUGGAGGAGAAGUCCCGUCAGGCUAGGGAGAUUUUAGAUCAGGAGGAUGGGAUUAUCCCUGAUUCUCCUGUUAAACAGGUCUCCCUGUCUAUGGUGAGCAGACUGAGAAUGAAAAAGGAGGACAAGCAUGUUCGUUACUCUGAGAAAUCCCUUGCCGACUCCGAGAGAUCUCCAACCACCGAUGAGCAAGGUAAUAUUGGUAUGUUUUCAUUAAUCCAGCUUGGAAAUGGGAAGGAUAUCCUGGUGCCAGAAACAUGUGACCUAGAAUUAUCUCCAAACGCAAAAAAUCUUGGAAGUGGAUGUUUUUCUGCUGAAAAGCCUGGCUUGAAUUUAGCCACUGUUGUUGCUGAAACUCUAGGACUUGGCAUUCUCGAGGACACUGAGUCCCAGAGUGUUCUAAACCACUUUGUCAAAGAUGCAGCACAGACAUUUCAUGAUAAGCAAGAUGGUGACUCCAGAAGACAUCAAGCUACUGAAUCAGUGCAGCUGAAGGAAAAAAAUUCUGGCACACAACAUAGACACAGGCUAUCACAACAAAGGACCUCUCCGGUGUUUGGAGGCCCUGUCAAUGCUUUUAGAAGUCCAGCCAAUUUGGACGAAAACAGAUCCCCUUCUCUAUUUGGGCAUCUGCAAAUCGCCCCCAUCAUGAGUCAGAUCAGGUCACAGACUGAGGACAUUGCUCGUAUUUCUCCACGUAAAACUGGAGCAGCCAAUAACCAGUCUGCACUUAAUGAAGAAAAACCAAGAAAGAACAGAAAUGAACUUAGUCACUAUGUUAAGGUCAAAGAAACAGUAUCAAACCCAGCUCAGGAGCUUGUAGAGAGCAGUGAGAGGUGUCUAUCUUCAAAGCAAACUGGGAACUGCUGGGGGGAAAGGAAGAAAAGUGAAGCAGACCAUGCCUCUCAUAAAAAGUCCAAACUUUUGCUUAGUAGGGAAGAUAAUCCAUCAGAUAAGCCACUGGACUUGUCAGACAGACCAGUCGCCAGUCGUUCACAGGAGAGGAGAGAAGGAAAGGGCGCUGUUAAAGACAGUUUAAAGCAGUCCACACUGUUAGACAUGCUAAAAGCAUCAGGAAAGGCCUCCCCUCCCCCUUUCCAAGAUGGGAAUCUAAAACAAAAAGUUGAGCUGCCUAGUUUCCAAGUACCGGCAACCCCUCCUAGGAGCACAGUGGAUAUGGGGCAGCUCAUUGGCAAUAUCGGGACACCAGGCAUCCAGGAGCCAAUCAGAAAGAAGAGCAGAGCGUCGACCAGAGACUCUGAACCUGCUUCUGUGCUUCAGCCUAUCCUUUGUGUUCUUGCAAAGAGGAGCCCCUCACCAAAAGAAGAUGGUACAAAUUCCAGCACAAAUGAUAUGACAUGGAGCCUGGGUCCAGGGGCAGGUCUUUCACAAUAUCAAAUGGAUGUUGCUGUAAUAGAUCUGAAGAGUGGGACACCCUCAAAGCCUGAUGGAGAAACUGUAGACAUGGACUGCACAUUUGUGAGCAACAGCACGCUGUUAAAAGGGAGGAAACAACAAAAGGAGGAAAACAUAAUUCUUGAGGUAGGGCAGAAAGCAAACGACAGCUUAGCGGAAAUCUUUGACCGAACAGCUUAUAGAGAAUAUGAGUCCUAUCCACGAGAUGACAGCGAACAGUCUGAUCAGGAGGAUUGCUCUUUAGAUGAAGAGGCCGAUGGAUCUAUGAAUAGGUAUGAAGAAAAAACAGAUGAGCCAAAACUUAAAGCUUUUGUGGAACCAUAUUUAAAAAAAGAUGAAAGAAAGAACACCACCUUAAACUUUCCACACAUAAAAGUGGUGCGUAACAAAGAAGAGAGAAGGAAAAUGCAUGGGCACACAUGUAAGGAGUGUGAAAUCUAUUAUGCAGAUCUCCCUGCAGAAGAGCGUCAGAAGAAACUCUCGGCCUGCUCAAGGCACAGAUUCAGAUACAUUCCCCCCAGCACGCCUGAAAACUUCUGGGAAGUUGGAUUUCCUUCCACACAGACCUGUGUAGACAGAGGAUAUAUAAAAGAAGAGAUGACACCAGCCCAGCGUUCAAGACGACGGCAACCAUAUAAUGCAAUAUUUUCUCCAAAAGGCAAAGAGCAGAAAACUUAAGAGCUUCCAUGAAUGAUUGGACAAGGGAGCUUGCACGUAAAAAAAAUAUUUAUUGAUUUCUGUCAGAUUACGAAAAUAAAAGUGCUUUUGUCAAAGUAAGACACCUUUAUAAAGAAGUCACGGGUAAUUAGACAUCCCAAUGUAUAAAUAGAAAACGCAGAAACAAAAAUACAACUAAUGUUUAGGCACUUGUCCUGGAGCCUUUGCCUUCCCCAAUAAUGAAAAAGACUUACUGUGACAACAUGUUUUGCAUUGGUCCCUUGUUCCUAAAAUAGUAAAUAAGUUGAGUAUGCAAGAGCAAACUAAUCAAAAGGUGAUCUGAUCAUCGAGAACUAUUCUCCUGCCUCCAGUGAUACCAGUUUGGAGAGCAUACAAAUGUUACAGUGAAGCCCUAAACACAAUCUCCUGACCCGUCUUUGUGCCGAAAGGGCCACUUGAAUUUUGCAGUUUUGCCCCUUCCUUCCAAGGUUAAUCUAGCAGCUUAGUUCUGAGGCAAGUCACCCUCUUUGUCAUGUGAGGUUUAGGUUUGGAGAAGCACAUGUUCCGGCUUUUAAUCCCAUCCUGACUGCCAAAAAAGGGACUCAGUAGUGCUAAGAUUUUAAAUUAAUUUUUUUUUUUUUUUUUUUUUUUUUUUUUUUUUUAAUUUAAUGGUUAGUCUGCAAAGCCAAUGUGAUAUACUGUAGCAUCUUAAUGAUAAAGUGCAAAAAAUGGGUUUGUAGGGCUUUAAAACUGUAUCUCCUAUUGGUGUUUUACAGUUUACUGAUAUCUAAUUUUUUCAGAUAUAAAGCUUGAAACACUCAAUAAAAAAUCUUCUGUAAUACAAAAAGAAAAUAUUUGUUGGCAUUAACAUUUCAGCAAAAAAUUAUAUUCAGUGUCUACACAAACUAUAGCAUUACCCAUUAUCACAAGUACUGGUACUUGUUUUCCAAACAAGACGAUGAAAAUACCUUCCAAAGAAAUCCACAACUUUGAUUCCCUCGUAAAUGAAGGAAUCAUGAAGAAUUCAGGAUUGGAGGGGUUUAGGAAAUGAAUGCUGUUUUUCAAUUGUUAUUACUAUUGUUAUUAUUAGUAGUAGUAUUAGUAUUAUUCAUACACUGUUUGCAAACAUGACAAACCGGUAAGUAAAAUGUAAUUUUACUCUGUCCAAAUGUUCAGAUAUUAAGAGCUGUAAUAUAUACAGUAUAUAUUUUUUUUUACAUGUAAUUGUUAGAGAUACUGCUGUUAACAGAGUGCUAUCUAUUUUAUAAAGAUUUCUUUUGUCUACUUUUGUUUGUAUUCUAAUACUGCGGAAAAAUUGUUUCAAUUCAGUAAAUAUUUAUAGUCACUGUUCUUAUGAUCAAAUUUUGUUCUCUUAAAAAAGAUAAAUAAAAGAAACACUUCACGCUUACCUGGUGGAUUUCAUAUAUAUUGAUCAAUCCUUUUCAAAUUCUGUAAAAAAAAUCAGCUACAGAUAAAGAAAUGCUUGUUAUCUGAAUCAUGUCAUUCUAAAUUUGAAAUACAAUAUAUUUGUCUGU